UUUUUGGAGCGGGCUCUCUCGUCCAACAAAUAUCGAACGUUGGAACGGACAAACAAAAUUUUUUAUUUCAUGCAACUUCUAGUACAGCCGCCAACGAAGUGUGCAAUGCAUUUGAAACCACUCUGUUGUAUCGCUGAAGACGUCUAAAACCGCUUCUACAGGCAUGUCAGCCAAAAGGCUUGCGUCACUCCUAUCCUCUUACGCCGUACGUCAUAUAUGGACUGAAAUUGAAAAACAGCCGAUUGCUGACAAAAUAGAGGUGCCCAUCAGAUAUAUAAGGAGCCAGUUUCAUCUCUCUUACACCGACUUAUCUUAUAUUAUCAUGACUGGAGAACUCGUUUUAGUUACCGGAGCCAAUGGAUUUGUUGGUUCCCAUGUUUGCCGUGAACUGCUCAACAAAGGCUAUCGCAUCCGCGUGGCAGUUCGCUCGGAAUCCAAAGCCAACGACGUGAAAAAAGUGAAUCCUCAACACAAAGACCGCAUUGAAAGCGUGAUUGUGCCCGAUAUCACUUCCUCAGGCGCUUUCGACCAAGCUGUGCAAGGAUGCGACUAUGUCAUGCAUAUUGCCAGCCCGUUCACCUUUGACAUCAAAGAUAACGAAAAAGACCUCCUCCUCCCCGCUCGAGAAGGAACCAAGAACAUCCUUCAAGCCGCUAGCACUCAUAAGUCGAUCAAGAGAGUCAUCAUUACUUCAUCGUUUGCUGCUGUGGUCGAUGUGAGCAAAGGAUUGCGACCAGGCUAUACAUACACGGAAAAGGACUGGAACCCUGCCACAUGGGAGGAAGCUCGGAAGUCCGAUAAUCCCGGAUUUGUCUAUUGUGCGUCAAAGAAGUUUGCAGAAGAGGAAGGUUGGGAUUUUGUGAAGAACAGGAAGCCUUCCUUUGACAUUACUACCAUUUGCAUGCCUAUGGUGUAUGGUCCUGUUGCUCACCAUAUCGACAGCCUGGAUCACUUGAACGAAUCCAGCAUGCAAAUCUGGCAGAUCGUCAAUGGCAAGUCCAACAAGAUUCCUGAAACCGUCUUCCCUGGUUUUGUUGAUGUCCGCGAUGUGGCUGUCGCCCAUGUUGCUGCUUUGACAACGGCUUCGGCUUCCAAUUCUCGCUACUUGGUUUCCUCGGGUAUUUACAGAUUCGAGCAAGUCACCGCCAUUGUCAACAAAAAGUACCCCGACAGAAAGUUGCCAGAAGGUGACACUAGCCGUCUCGAUUGCUAUGACAUCGAUGGCUCUAAAGCCGAGCGCGAAUUACUUCAGAGGCCAUACAUCAACUUUGAAAAAUGUAUUUCCGAUGAGGUGGAGCAGCUUUAUGAGCUCGAAAAGAAGACCAGUAAAUAGUAGUAUAUAGUGUGAAAUCUGUACAGCUUGUGUAAGCCAUUUGUAACGCAAGAAAUGCAAAAUAUAUAAUGUUAUCAAGUACUUUGUGUUGGAGGAGACUUUGCUCGGUG